AUGAUGAAUCCCGACUGGAGGUUCUGGGCACCGUCAGGUGAAGUCUACUCCGGUGGGCCAAGCAAAUGUUUUGAGAUACACAUCAGUAACGACGGAGAUCUCAUCUCUACCUCAUCAAACCCAGAUGAUGACAAGACGCAGGCUGUGAACUAUCCUCCUUUGGCCCGGAUUGACAAGCCUGACAGCGUCAAAACCAUCCGUCGCCGCGAUCUACGAGAACUGGACCGCCCCCCCCCCCCCCGGCACGUCGACAAAGUAGCUUAUACGGAAUCAGUCCCGCGAGGCAGCACCCACCGAAGCCUGAUUUUCAAAUAUGCGCCCGUUCAUGAGUACUUGUGCGCCCGGUGGGAUGAAGUCAACAUAUCGACGCGCCUUCCACCUCAUCCCAAUAUCGUCCCGUUCGAUCGCAUAGUCAUAGAAGAGCUGCAGGGCCGCCCUGUUGUGGUGGGUUUUACGAGCCACUUCAUCCAGGGGGACAUUUUCUUCGACAACAUCUCCCGGGUAUUCAAGCUGAGUCACCUCAAGCAACUCAUGGGGGUCGUUGACGACCUCAACCUGAAAUAUGGCCUCUCGCACCAAGACGUUGCGCCAAGAAACCUCCUCAUCGACGAAGCGACGGGGAACCUCAUCCUUUUCGAUUUCAACUACACGAUGCGCAUCGGCUGCGGUCCGCGGGGCGGCCACCUCCGGUACAGAGAAGUCCAAAACGACGUCAAGGGCGUCAUUUUCACCCUGCACGAGAUCAUCACCCGGGACGGCCACUUCCGCAAGGUGGACCACGCGGAGCAGAACCCGGACGGCGUCUUGAAAAUGGAGACAUGGCCCAAACACCCGGAUGUCAACCUGGACCACCCUGUGGCUGACUACCGGCCCGCACUGAGCGAGUGGUCCCGCGCGAGGGAGGCCGGGCCCAAGGCCACGAUGUAUACCGACACUCCGGAAUAUAUCGAGUGGCCGGAUAUAGGGGAACCGCCCGAAGACUGCGUGGUUCGGUUUGAGGAGUACCCGGCGGACCAUCCAUUGAACUCACCCAUGUGGGGAUAUCCGCGUAUCCAUGCAAGGACUUCGGGACUGGAUGUGUAG